UUUCCUUUUACGCGCGAACAAUGAGAUAAAAUUAACGAUUAAAGUGUUUUUUAACAGUUUAAACUUUAUCUUCUAAACGCAUUUGCUAACUUUUGGAUAUUUUAAGGUCAGAUGGAGUAGAUUGGUUCUACACAAACUCCCCCUGCCUAAGUCGGACCCCGGUUAACCUCCUCCCCCUCUCUCCUGCCUCUCCUCCUACGCUCUGCCGGCUCUCCUCGUCCACUCUCCUCUUUAUAAAGAAAAUCCAGCGGGUCCGGCUCCUCUUCCUUAUUGGUCAGGUGGAGCCGUUACCUCACUCCGGGACCCGUGACGCAGCGUCUUGGCGCAUCCUUCAUGUGCGCCUCUUCUUGUUUCUUACACUGAGAGUCUUCCAGUCCGCUCAGAGGGAUGAAGACGGACCCGCGGCGAACCGGGAGCGGUCGGUGCUGAAACACUUCCCAUCCCGGGAGGAGCGCGGCGCACACGAGCAGCGGCUCUCUCCGUCUCCGCUUCUCUUCUACGCACACUUUCUCUGCGAGCUCCCCCCGCCCAUACUCACACACACACCAGUCACUCACGCGCCCACGCACGCCCUCCGUAGUAAAUCACGGCGCUGAUCUCAAAGGCGAGUGUGGAUCUGCCUCUUUCUCGCUCUUUCUUCGACGGGACGACUCGGGAAGCGCACCAGAGAAGUCGCUCCUCUCCGUGUGUGUGUGUGUGUGAGGCCCCCUGGUCAUGCCUGUUUAGCUGCCCUGCGUGAUGCCUGAUCAUGACAGCACCACCCUCCUAACCAGACAGACCAAGCGCAGACGUGUCGACAUCGGGGUGAAAAGAACUGUGGGCAGCGCGAUUUUUGCCCGUGCCAGAGACACCCUUUUGGACACCAUGAACCAAUCGCACGGCCCUGACCAGGACGGAGACUGCUCAUUGGUCGGUCACGGCCACGGGGGGUCUGGCAGCGAUGGGGAGAAGUCAAACGUCCUGAGGAAGCUGCUGAAGAGGGCCAACUCGUAUGAAGACGCCAUGAUGCCUUUUCCUGGGGCCACAAUCAUCUCACAGUUAUUAAAGAACAACAUGGGGAAGAACGGAGGGAGUGAUUCAGGCUUCCAGGGAAGCGGAGCUCUGUCCAGCGGAGGCUCAGAGAUCCAAGCCGAGGACGCCUGCAGCAACUCCUCCCGUGACAGUCCAUCUGACUGCCUUUCUCCUGGGCCCCCUCUUCCUCCUCAGUCCUCCUCCUCAUCCUUUGGUCGACCGCCACCGCCCUCCAACCACAUCUCUCAUGCUCCAACUCAGCCCCUCUCCCUGUCCUCCUUUGACUUGGACCGCCUGUCGGACGAGCACCUCAGAGCCAAGCGAGCUCGUGUGGAGAACAUCAUCCGUGGCAUGAGUCACUCCCCGUUGGUGCGGCCCAACGGCACCGACCCCAACCAGGACAGCAGCCGAGAAAACGACAACGGAAGCUGCGACCUCAGAGGAGAUGAUGGCAGUCACACCACCAGCAGGCGCAUCAACUGCCCUUCGUCCCUCCUGAGCUCUCCGGGCUCACGGGGCGGUGUGGUCAGCGUUGGCGAGGUUUACAGAGAAAACAAGAGGAAGCAGCGUCUGCCUCAGCAGCAGCACAGCUUCACCCAGCUGGUUUGUUCCAGGCAGGAGCAACGGCAGGAGGAGAGAAGGCAGCUCAAACUGCAACUAGAAGACAUGCAGAAACAGCUGCGUCAGCUUCAGGAGAAGUUUUACCAGAUCUACGACUCUGAGACCGAGGAGGAGGAGGAAAACGGUGUGACAGGAGAGGCCGACCGAAGUGGAGACAGAGAAGAAGAUGGAAACUUGUCCGAGGACAGCAUUCGGUCUGACGGUUUGGAGGAGAGGCACAGGGACAGAGGGCGGCACAACCACGAUGACCUGUCCGAACUAGACCCAGGGCUGUUCCUGGACCGAGCCAGGGCACUCCUCCGUAAGCAGGUCUUGAUAGACGGAGACAUGGAGGAGGACGUGGACAGUAGAGAAGAGGAGGAGAGAAGAGGAGAAAGAGUGAUGAAGAGGAGAAAGGGAGCAUCAGUGGCGGAGGGAGGAGGAGGAAGUGGAGGAAGGCAGUUGGCUGAGACUCUGAAGCAGGAGCUGAACUGUGCCGUGUCUCAGGUUGUUGACACUGUCGUUAAGGGCUUCUCCACGCCACCCAAGCAAACCUCCGGUCACCAUCAUGGCUGCCAUAGCAGCACACCUGCCGCACCUUCCUCCUCCUCCAACUCAUCGUCCUCCUGCCCUCCACCAUUCGGCCCCCUGCCCCCCCUCACCCCGGACUCGCGUUUCAGCGGUGGGAACCUGGCUCUUGGUCUGAACGGCGACGGCAGUCCCACCCCAAACUACCACACCUCCAACCAGAGGCUGCACUGCUUUGGCGACAUGAUCGUCCCCAGUCCACUGGACUCAUUUGGCGGUCUGGGUGGAAGACUGAGCGGCGUGCCAACACCAAACGAUCAAACAGAGGCAUUGCCGCUGGUGGUGCGCAAGAGUGGGGGGAGUGGAGGAGAGAACCCUGCUCCUUCUCUCCCUCCACCUCCCCCUCCUCAUCAUCCCUCUCUCCACCCGUCUCCCCUCACAGCGUCCCUGGGGUUUAGCCCUCCGUCGUUCCGCCACCCGUUCCCUCUUCCUCUUAUGGGUUACCCCUUUCAGAGCCCCCUGGCGUCCCACGGGGGUGGCGCUGGCUACCCUCCAGGGCUGAAGGACCACAGUCGGUCCUCUCCCGAUUCAAUGGACAUAACCCGGGAAGCGGUCAGCCUCAGGACCAAAAUGGCAUCCCUCGGAGGAGGUCACAUGGGUCACCACCACCACCACCACCACAGGCAGAGCUCUCCAAGCCAACACGGGCCAGAGGGUCUGUCGCUGUCCCUCAUCAAAUCCGAGUGCGGGGAUCUCCAGGACAUGUCCGACAUCUCGCCCUUUUCAGGCAGCACUAUUCAAGAGGGCCUGUCUCCCAACCAUCUGAAGAAAGCCAAGCUGAUGUUCUUCUACACUCGCUACCCAUCGUCCAACAUGCUUAAGAUGUUCUUCUCUGACGUCAAGUUUAACAGGUGCAUCACCUCCCAGUUGAUCAAAUGGUUCAGCAACUUCAGGGAGUUCUACUACAUCCAGAUGGAGAAGUUUGCACGGCAGGCCAUCAACGAGGGCAUGACUGCAGCCGAGGAGCUGACGGUGAGCCGGGAAGCAGAACUCUUCAGGGCUCUCAACAUGCACUACAACAAGGCCAACGACUUUGAGGUUCCUGAUCGGUUUCUGGAGGUGGCCCAGGUGACCCUACGAGAGUUCUUCAAUGCCAUCGUGGCGGGUAAAGACGCAGAUCCUUCGUGGAAGAAGGCCAUCUACAAGGUGAUUUGUAAGCUGGACAGUGAAGUUCCCGAGGUCUUUAAAUCCCCCAACUGCCUCCAAGAACUCCUCCAUGACUGACUAGGACAGACGAGGACAGAAGGCAAGAGGAACAAACCUCCAAGAACAGUCAGAAGAUUCCUCCAAAGGUGUUAGGUGGACAGCUCUUGUAAUUAAGUGUGUGCAGGAGGUUGGAGGCAUCUUGAAAGGCCAACGCUGUCCUCAAGAAGACUGUGUGAAGAUGCACGACUUAGCUGAUUUUAUUGAGACUUUUAGGAAUUAAACGGAGAAGGAUGAAAGAAAAAUUCUCCUCAGUUUCCUCCUCCGCCUUGUUCAGACUUUCUAAGGGAUGACGUUUGAUGAGCCUUUUGCCUUUUGAAAUAAGGAGCGAACGAAAAAUAAAGAUAAUAUAUUAAAAAAAUCUUUUUAUUGUGGAUGUUUUUAAGUUACUUGGACAAUUUUCAAAUCAAAAACAAAAAAUAAGUGAUGUUCUGUAUUUUUCAUCCUUUGUACGAUCUCACAUCCUGUCUUCUAUGACCCCCCCCCCCCCCCCCCCCCCCCCACACACACACACACACACACACAGAUUUACCUGGACAUGCACAGAUGGGCAGCUUUUCUCCUCUUUUUUAAAUCACCUUCCUCUUGAGUGUUUGUGUUGUAGCUCUGCAGGCUGCCCCUCCACAGCACACGUCUCGUUUUCAGUCUGAUACAUAUUCUUAUUUAACAUAAAUCACAAAACUCUGUCUGCUACUUUCAGAUUUUAUAUUUGAAAUCCCAGACGUGCUUCACAAAUAUUAAUUUCAAAACCAAUUAAGACUCACUCGGCUAAUAAAUGCCUGGACGUGUUCAGUCAUCUGCUUGUAUGUUUAUUUUUAAACCUUCCCUACAGCUGGACGUUUCCACCACUAGAACCAUUGACUGACUGGUCGUUGAUCCAGCAACCAGCUGUGUUAGUUGAAGGCGGUUUGGUAAAUGUCAGUUUUAGUGGCCUGAAAACAAGGAUUCAGUUUGAGUUUGGGUUUAAAACACCCAGCAAGAACCCUGGCUCUAUCCCACCAACCCUUUAGUUCCAUCAACCCUAAAUUAGGUCAAUUGGGUCAUUUGGCAAAUAAAAGUCGAUAAAUUGACAAUCUGAUCAAUUGACUUUGCACUUAAACAUCAUAAGAGCUUGUUUAAACUUUUUUUAUGGAUUCAAAGUUACAAUUUUGGAAAUAAAGAUCUUUUCUUCCAAAUGUACACAGAAAUCCAGAUUUUUACUGUAACUUCUAUUAAAACCUACAUAAUUCUAAUAUUUCACCAUGAUGAUCCAAUAGCAUGUACCCACGUGUGCAAAAGAACUAUUUUCUGCCUCUAAUUAACCUUGUUUGGGUGUUUGUUUCAGUUUAUAAACGGAAAUCCUCUGGUUUGUAAUUAUUUCUUUCCCAACACAGUUCUCUUACAAUCGGCAGAUGUUCAUGCCCAUGUUUUCAUUUUGCACCAAUAUAUGAGGUUCAAUUAGGAAGAGUGUGCUAUGACUUUUGGUAGUAGUAUGAUUUUGUGUGCAUAAAGAAGAAUUGGUAAAAAUGUCCUCAAGGAUAACAUUAAUAUUUUGGUGGACCAGACGAGAAAGCCCCGCCCCCUUUUGUAGCUCUAUAGGUCAGGUAGACCUCACAGCAGGAACAUCAUUCAGAGUUUAGACAGGUUACAGGACGUUGGGCUGUAGGUGACUGAACUUUUGUUUUAAAGUCUCAUUAGUCGUCACCCACCAGUUACACAUCUGACCCAUCCCCUGGGGGAGCGGUGAGCUGCAGACACACGACCACAUUCGGGAAAUAUUUGGUGGUUUAACCCCCCAAUCUAACCCCCUAAUGCUGAGUGUAAUUCGAGCAUUGGGUCUCAUUUUUAAGAGUCUUUGAUAUGACCUAACUGUGAGUUUAAACCCGGAAUCUCCCAGUCUCAGGGCAGACACCCAUCCCGCAGGCACUGAGCUGGUUGAUAUCUUUGAUAGUUUUUACACAGUCAGUUGAAGGUUGAUUUAGACUUGGGGUUUUUCUGCAGAAUUAUUUGACAAACUUUUUACUCGGCCAACUUUUUCAUUGUUUUUAAGAAUUAUGCACAAGAACGUACCCGCUCUUCUUUCCUUUCACCUGCUGCUGUAGGACUAGCAGCUCUUUAACAAACCAUCUCACAAACAUUGCAGACACAGAAAUCUCCAUUGUUUAAGUCUUUGAUACAGUGUUAGCACUGAAACUGAGUUUUGCAUUCUUUGGACAGUACAUUUGCUUUUAUCUGUGUUUGUGCGUUUGAGCAAUCAAAGAUUGUGCAAAUCGCAGUACUGAACGUCAUUGUUUACAUAGGAUGAAAUAUGAUGUCAUAGCACUUGAAUGGUCUCUAGCGAGGCUUCCCACUGGGCAUCAGGUCCAGUAACACUCUUCUAAAUUAAAAGUUUGCACCAAUGUUAGACAAUGCAAGAAGAAACCAUGACUGAUGUAGCAGUGUCCUUUGGUUUUGGGUUUGUCGUGUCAAUAAGAGGAUAGUUGACUUCAUGCUUUGAUUUUAGCUGUGUUGUGGGUUUGUUGAGUUAGCACUGUGUUUCAUGUUUUUCAUCACACCCCUAGGGAACAUACAUUUUUUUGCACCACCCCAUCAGCUCCGAAGCUCCGCUGCUGCUUCUUCUGCUGGGAUAAACAGGCAGCCUGUCAAUGGGUCGGAGCGCUGCCGCCGCCUAGUGACUGGGGGUGGUUUAGCGUUAGCAAAACACUGGGUUAGCAUAAGGCGUGUGCUUGUUUUCACAAUUUAUAAUAAAAAAAAAUUAUAAUGAUCUUUGAUUCCCCCAAAUGUUGAUUAGACUCAAAUUAAAACAGAUUCAACAAGUUUGCUUGUUUUCAUCUUUAAUUUUAAAAAGAACCCUAAACAUUUUUCUGUGCUCUGACUGGUCAGGAGGAGGCAGCUGAAUAAAUUAUGUGUGAAGGUUUUAACAGAAAAACAACAAAAUGCUGAUAUUUCUAACUUGUAUAGAUGUAAUAAUUAUUCCAAUGACUCUGAUAUUGUUAUUUAUAAACAGAAAUAACUAUUAAUGUUCUUCUGAUGGUGAUUUAUAUUAAUAUUGCUUGCUACAGGUUUGACCAGUGGUUUUCUUCAUUGUUUAUCAAUCACACUGCAACAUGAAAUAAAUUAUUCUUUGAACGAAAAA